AUUCUUCCAUUCCCUACAUCGUUUGUUCGUUUUCACGCGCGACUGCUUACUCCUAUUUCUACUCGCAGACAUCUAUCGAAUCCCGUUUGUCACGUUAAAAAUCCCGAAGCCAAAGCAGUGCAUAUUGGUGAUUCAGACCCCCAUUGGGAUUCCGGCACAACCAAGCCCUCAAGUCCAGCCUGUUCACGUAGGGCUGUCUGCCGGCUAAUAAACUGGCCAACCACAACUGUUGCCACUCUUGAUUCUCCACUAUCUUCUUCUUUCCUUGCCACUAAGUUGGAUUGCACUUCAGUCUUGCUCGCCCCGGCUUCGAAGUCUCUCCCUCACCAACAUCAUCAUCAUACAAAUUCCUGGAAUUUUGCGAAUCGGACUAUGUCACCAAACAGAAAAAGUUGGCCGGACGCAGAAAUUGAAUUGGAAGGCCACGCAAACUUUGAACGAAAAGAUUCUAUCUCUACGUCUGAACUGGAGAACAACGAGGGGCACAUCCAAAUUUCUCCAAAUCAGAUGAGGGAUUCGUAUCCAGCCUGCACAGAUAAACUUAACCUUGUGACUGGGGGUGCUGGAAGGCCGACAGGCAUCACAAAAGUCGAACAGACCGUUUCACUUUUACCGUCCAAUCGCUAUUGGUCAGAUUCUGAAAGACUUUCCUCGGCUAUAAGUCAUACACUCUUAUUAGAAGCAGAAGCCAGGACUUUGCUGAGCUAA